UAAACUUCACCUCCUCCACCUUCUUUCUUUCUUUCUUUCUUUCUUUCUUUGCUAUAGGUGAAAACGUGUAUACCAACAUUCUGCUUCGGUUCACCUACUUUAUCUCUUCUGACCCCCUCCCUCAUCUGCGAAGACUUCCAUUUCCUCGUACAACUCUCUCGUGGGUUCCACUCCGACCCUUCUCUGUCGCCACUAUUUCUUCCCCAUUGCGACUCUACUAUCUCCAUUACUUACCCAGAAACACCCACGAAUUUUGAUGAUUCUGGGUUAUCUGCCCCUCUCUUUCCCUGCAUUGCAAACUUUCAGACUGGUACCGUAAAUGGCUCUAAAGGCUGCUCCAAUCUGGGUCUCCGUUAAUCGCUCUCGUCUACAAUUCGACGCUACAGAUUUCGGCUCUAAGCGUUCUUCCCGCCGCUUCACUGUUAGAUUCGGUCUAGAAAAAUAUGGGAAAUGGGAGUGUUGUGGCUCACUGGCUCAGAGGGCCACGAUCCCUGUUGAAAACGAGGAACAGGUCAAGCCUGGAUUAGGCACAAUUUGUGAAGAUGAUGAGACCCAGAUUACUGAAACCAAAGGGUUUCAUAAGGAUCUCAAUUCCCUCCCAAGACCUUUAUCUGCAGCUGAUCUUACUCCACAAGCUAGUGAUGGCUUGAAAGUGCGAGUUGCUUAUCAAGGAGUUCCAGGCGCCUAUAGUGAAGCAGCUGCAAUUAAAGCUUACCCAAAAUGUGAGACUGUCCCAUGUGAUCAGUUUGAGGCUGCAUUCAAGGCGGUUGAAUUGUGGUUAGUGGACAAAGCAGUGCUACCUAUUGAGAAUUCAGUUGGUGGAAGCAUCCAUCGUAACUAUGAUCUACUUCUUCGACAUAGACUACACAUUGUAGGAGAAGUGCAGCUGGUUAUUAAUCAUUGUCUCCUAGCAUUGCCUGGCGUUAGAAAAGAGGAGCUAAAGCGUGUAUUUAGCCAUCCUCAGGCACUUGCUCAAUGCGAGAUGACCUUGACCAAGCUUGGAAUUGUCAGAGUAAAUCACGACGAUACUGCUGGUGCUGCUCAGGCUGUGGCUGCCAAUGGCCAAAGAGAUACUGGAGCGGUUGCAAGUGCUAGAGCUGCAGAGAUUUAUGGACUUGACAUUGUUGCGCAAAGAAUACAAGAUAAUUCUGAAAAUGUAACCCGCUUCUUGAUACUAGCAAGAGAACCUAUAAUUCCGGGCACUGACAAGGCAUAUAAGACUAGCAUUGUUUUCACUCUAGAUGAAGGCCCUGGAAUACUAUUCAAAGCAUUGGCAGUGUUUGCUCUAAGAAACAUUAACUUGACCAAGAUUGAGAGCCGGCCCCAAAGGAAACGUCCACUGAGGGUUGUUGAUGACACUAACAGAGGAAGUGCAAAGUAUUUUGAUUAUCUAUUCUACAUAGAUUUUGAAGCUUCCAUGGCAGAUCCUCGUGCACAAAAUGCUCUAGGACAUCUUCAGGAGUUUGCAAGAUUUCUUAGGGUUCUUGGAAGUUACCCAAUGGAUACAAGUUUAUGAAGAAAACGAAACUUCAUCGUACUCUUUGGCUGGUGGCUUCAUCACCAUGGGAUUCCUUCUGCUUUUCCAUCUACUACACAUUGGGCUGCUGUUUACUGUUGUGUUGCAGAAGAAGAAUAUUUUUUUUUCUCAGAUCUCUCUCUGUCUAGUAUUUAUUUAUUAUACAGAUUACAGAUGAACUAUUUUUUUGUUUGUAUUUUGUAUUUGUAUACAGAAG